CGCUCACUCGCGUUGAAUCCAUCGAACAGGCGGCGUCGUACUCUCCCCUCGUUUCAUCCCGUUUCAUUCGGGCGUUCCCCGUUCGAUUUCGCGUUCCGCUGGCUUUAUUUACUUGUGAUUUUAUCAGCAAGCAAGCAAGAAAAUAAUUAUAAAAAUAAAAAUAAAAACAAAAGGAGAAACAAAAGUGAAACAAAUUCGUGACGCGACCGAUUAUUUCUUCUUUUUUUUGUGUGUCGACCGUGUGUUUAGUGCAGUGCAAUGUGACUGUGAAGCGCCAAAAAGCACGAAAAAUCAACGCUAAAAACGCUUAAAAAACGCAUUGGAGUGAAACGAUCCAGAAAACAAUUAAAUAAAACGAAAAAAAAACAAUAACAACAAAAAACUGUGCCUUUGGGACACUUGAUAAUAACUUGCUGACAAAAAAUACUCUAGCGAAAAUAGUAGAGUAUUAAAAAAGGGUAAUUAAAAACCUGAUGGCAACAACAACAACGGCAGCGACAGCAGCAGGCGCUGCGCCAGCGCUAAAUCUACUGUCCACCACCCAAAACACAACGCUAUUCAACAACAACAACAAUAAAAUUAAUAAUUGUAGUAGCAAUAACAACAAUAACAGCAAUGUCGUCGUGAUUAGCCAGCCCAUCAAGAUACCGCUGAGCGAGCGCUUCUCGUCACAGACCUCCACGGGAUCGGCGGACAGCGGAGUAAUUGUUUCCAGUGCAUCGCAGCAGCAGUUGCAGCAGCUGCAGCUACCUCCGCCGCGCAGCAGCAGCGGCUCCCUGAGUCUGGCUCAGGCGCCCCCCGGUGGCAAGUGGCGCCAACAGCAACAGCAGCAGCAUCAGCGACAGCAACUAUUGCUCAGCCAAGAUAGCGGCAUCGAGAAUGGAGGAGGAGGAGGUGGAACGGGAGCCACGCGCAAGAAGCCAGCCAAGGAUCACGCGGCAGCCACCUCCAACACAUCCUCCUCGGUCGCCUCCAAGGAGUCGGGUCAAUCGAGUAGCGAAAGCCUCGGCAGCAACUGCUCGGAGAUCAAUCCGGAGGAGACGCCCCUGGAGACUCGCCGUCGAGUGCGCGCCUCCUCCGCCCUGGAGCUGAGCAGCAGCGGCAGCACGGAUCAUCAUAAUCCGCAGGGUAGCGGCGUCGGCAGUGCAAACAUCCUGCGCAGUCGCAUCAAGUACAAGAGCACAAACAGCACUGGCACCCAGGGAUUCGAUGUGGAGGAUCGCAUCGAUGAGGUGGACAUUUGUGACGACGAUGAUGAUGACGACGAUGUAGUCGAUGUUGAUGAUGAAGAGGAUGAUGGCGUCAACGUGGACGACGUUGAGGAGGCGGACAACCAAUCGGACAGCCAGUCGGGCAUCAUCAUAAACCUAAAAAGUAGCAGCAACCAAGCGACAGAGGAGGCGUUGAAGCUGAAGGAGAAGCUGGAGGAGAAGGAACAGCAGAAGCAGGAGAGUAGCUCUAGGCUCCUGCCACCGGAUCAGGCCCAACUGACGGUGGCAGCUGCCCUGGCCCGGCGACGGGAUGCCAAGAGCCUGGCCACCGACGGGCAGAUCUACUUUCCGCUGCUCAAGAUCAGCGAGGACUCGCACAUCGACUCGAAGCUGAUCAACCGCAAGGACGGGCUGCAGGACACGAUGUAUUACUUGGACGAGUUCGGCAGCCCGAAGCUGCGCGAGAAGUUCGCACGAAAGCAGAAGCAGCUGCUGGCCAAGCAACAGAAGCAGCUGAUGAAGCGCGAGAGGCGGAGCGAGGAGCAGCGCAAGAAGCGCAACACCACCGUCGCCUCCAAUCUGGCGGCCAGCGGGGCCGUGGACGAUAGUAUGACCAAAGAGGAUGAACCGCACUGUGAUACUAGCUCUAAGAGCAAACAUAACUCUGUACCCAAUCCCCCAACCACCAUUUAUCAUAAUCAUCAUCUCGUGGUGGACGUGGAGGAGGACGUGGACGCCGGCGCAGAUGAGGCCGUGAAGAUGCGCCGUCAUAGCCACGACAACCACUAUGACAGAAUACCCAGCACCCGCCCCAAGAACGAUCACCAGUCGCAGGACACCGCCGCAGAGGACAUCGAGCAGGGAGCCGAGCCCAAUCUCGAGGGAGACGCUGACGGUGACAGCGACGAGAGUGGCGAGAAUGUUAAGACUGCCAAAUUGGCCAGAACACAGUCCUGCGUCAGUUGGACCAAAGUGGUGCAAAAGUUCAAGAACAUUUUAGGCAUGAAGCAGCUGAUCGGCAAGCUGAACGACUUGUGGCCCGAGCACAGUGUGGCACUGUCCAUUCCAAAGGAGGUCGAUAGGAGCAAGGAGAAGCUGGAGGGAGCCUGGGAGACCACAGGUCGCGAUGGUUCCAAAAUCACAACAGUCGUCGCAACCCCCGGCCAAGGCACCGAUCGUGUACAAGAGGUCUCCUAUACAGACACAAAGGUCAUCGGCAAUGGCAGCUUCGGCGUGGUGUUCCAGGCGAAGCUCUGCGACACCGGCGAACUGGUGGCAAUCAAAAAAGUUUUACAAGACAGACGAUUUAAGAAUCGUGAAUUGCAAAUUAUGCGCAAAUUGGAGCAUUGUAAUAUUGUAAAGCUUUUGUACUUUUUCUAUUCGAGCGGUGAAAAGCGUGAUGAAGUAUUUUUGAAUUUAGUCCUCGAAUAUAUACCAGAAACCGUAUACAAAGUGGCUCGCCAAUAUGCCAAAACCAAGCAAACGAUACCAAUCAACUUUAUUCGGCUCUACAUGUACCAACUGUUCAGGAGUCUGGCCUACAUCCACUCGCUGGGCAUCUGCCAUCGUGAUAUCAAGCCGCAGAACCUUCUGCUCGAUCCGGAGACGGCUGUGCUAAAGCUCUGCGACUUUGGCAGCGCCAAGCAGCUGCUGCACGGCGAGCCGAAUGUAUCGUACAUCUGUUCCCGGUAUUAUCGCGCCCCCGAGCUCAUCUUUGGCGCCAUCAAUUAUACAACAAAGAUCGAUGUGUGGAGCGCCGGUUGCGUCUUGGCCGAGCUGCUGCUGGGCCAGCCCAUCUUCCCUGGCGAUUCCGGUGUCGAUCAGCUAGUUGAGGUCAUCAAGGUCCUGGGCACACCGACAAGAGAACAGAUACGCGAAAUGAAUCCAAACUAUACGGAAUUCAAGUUUCCACAAAUUAAGAGUCAUCCAUGGCAGAAAGUUUUCCGUAUACGCACUCCUACAGAAGCUAUCAACUUGGUGUCCCUGCUGCUCGAGUACACGCCCAGCGCCCGGAUUACCCCGCUCAAGGCCUGUGCACAUCCGUUCUUCGACGAGCUGCGCAUGGAGGGUAACCACACCUUGCCCAAUGGUCGCGAGAUGCCGCCACUGUUCAACUUCACAGAGCAUGAGCUCUCGAUACAGCCUAGCUUAGUGCCACAGCUGUUGCCCAAGCAUCUCCAGAACGCAGCCGCAACUGGCGGCACCCGAACAACGGCCGGCGCAGCCCCCACUGCUGCGGCCAGCGGUUCCACCAGCGUCUCGUCAACAGGAAGUGGCGCUUCGGCGGAAGGAUCCGGCCAGCCCCAGUCGCAGGCACCAGUCGCUGCGGCAGCUGGCACGGCAGGAUCGGGAUCGGGCGCAUCAGCAGGAGCAGCAGUCGGCGGUGGAGCGAGUGCCGCCGGAGCCGGUUCCGGUAAUAACAGCAGCAGCGGCGGUGGCGGCGGCGGAGCAUCGGGUGCGCCGUCUGCCGUUGCAGCUGCACCAACUGCGCAGCAGUCAAAUGCCGCCACUGCCGGCGGAGCUGGUGGUGGUGGUGGCGGCGGUGCGGCGGGCUCUGCUGCUAUAGCAGCUGGCUCAAUGGCCACGACCAAUGCCGGUGGCGCCAAUGUAACAGGCUCGCAAUCGAACAGCGCCCUAAAUAGCAGCGGAAACGGAAGUCGGGGCAGCGGCGGUAGUGGCGGAAGCGGAAAUGGAGAGGCUGCCGGAUCUGGACCGGGCUCGGCUGGAGGCAACGAGAACGAUGCCGGCGAUAGCGGAGCAGCAGGAUCGGCAGAAGGAGCUGAGACCGAGGCAGCGGCGUCCGGUUAGCGCGAUUGUAGCGCUCUGUUAAUGUAAUGUUAUUCGCAAGAUUUUCGCUAUUUCCGGCAAACAACACCACACACACACACACACACACAAGAGAAGAAAAAGCCAGAAAAGGUGGCCUGGAAAAAGGAAUUUCCCCCACAAACAUACGUUCACGUACACCCACAUACACACAUUCCCCACACCACACACACCAAUACACAUGUAUGUAUGUAUAUCUAGCUAUAUGCAUUGGGCGCAGGCAAAUACUUAGCAUAAAAAACAAGAAAAACGAAAGAAAAAACACAUAAAAUAACAAAAAUCAUCUUUAAACUAUGCAUAACUAAUAAUUAAAAUUAUCUUGUAUUAUUGAAGCAACCCCCAAAUAUAUAUAAUAAUUUAUAUAUGAAGCAAGAAAAGAAAGCAAGGAGAAUGUUGAAAAGAAAAACUCUUCUUCCCAGUUUCCAGUUCCCUCUUUCCAUUUUCCCUUUCCCCUGCCUAGAUGCCACCCCACAACACACCCAAAAAAAAAAAAUAUAUAUAGUAAAUAACAUUAAAGACAUAGCUGGCGACACGUAACUAAAUCGUAAGAACGUAACAUAAACCAAGAUAUAAUAAAUCGAGAGAGGAUUACUUAGUGAAAUAAAUCAAAAUUUUUUGUCCCAUUUAAUGUUUAUAUAUAUAUGCAUAUAUGCAGUUAUACAAGUAAUGAUAAAGAUCACAGCAGUUAGCAAUCCAUAGUAAAAGUAAAUGGCAAAAAUAUAUAUAACGAGAUCGCUUGGGAAAACUAGAGGAAAACAUUUAUGAAAAUCCAGGUCAAAAGCAAAAGCAAAGGGAAAAUGUUUACUAAACUCGCGCAAGUGCAUCUAUACCGUUACGAUAUAGAUAUUAUAUAAACCCAUAUAUAUAUAUAUAUACAUAUAUAUAUAUAUAUAGACGAGAUAUUAAACAAACAUUCGUAAUCCUAGUAGCAUCCCAACCGACCCAAAAAAAAAAAAAAGAAAUAAAAAAGAAGCCUAGGCAAACCACAAUCUCAACGUAACGAGUAACAAGUAACGAGUAACGAGUAUAGCAACAUUUUUGGUGGCCUGUUCUUAAGCCAAGUCUAGCAUUAACUACGAUUAUCUAGGAAGCGAUCGAUUGCAAUAUACACUAUAUAUACAAUAAAGGAUAACAAGGAUCAUGGAUAUAACAAAUAAAAGACGUAAAUGCAAAAAGUGAAUGAAAGCAGGUAAACAUAAUUGAAUGAAUGAGGAAAACGCUUUUAGCGCGCGACGCCACCCAUAAUCUUAAAUUAACAAUGAAAAACCAAGGCCGGAUUCUUGAUAUAUAUAUAUAUAUUAUGUAAAACUAAUCGACAAAACAAACCAUUUAGCUGCAAUUGAAAAUCUAAUCUAAUUUAAAACAAAUUGAAGGAAAAUACAGCCCAGGAUGACGACGACGAUGAUUGUUUAGAAUUAAGGCAUUAGAUCAACAGGACACUCCUCCAAUCGCAACUACUAUAUAUGUAUGUAUGUACUUACCGCUCCUCGGUUCGAUUGGUUCUCUAACCCAUUUUGGAUCCCAGUUAAACUGCUUGAAUCUCGAUUAUUUCCCCCAGCACAUUUCAGCUAUACAUAGAACCCUAUAGAGGCGCUUGAGCAACUAAGAAAAGCAAGAGCAUUAGGUGGAUAGCAAGUCUAAUUGUAUGUAUUUCCAUAGAACUCGAACUCAAACUCAAACUCAAUAUUCUUAUAUAUAUUAUGAAAUGAGAAACAAACGUAUAUUUUUUUUGUACUAAAAACUAAAUGAUACAUUUAUAUGUACACUUAAUAAACGUUGAGUUUUGUGGCGUCAAAACUAAUUAAAUCUAAACUACAUACAUAUGUAUUUACUAUGUACACACACGGCAAGGACACGCAAGGACACACACUCGUACAUCGUACACACGCACAUACUUAAUUGCGACUAUGAUUUCAAUUCAAAAUAAAAAGAAAAACAAUUUAAAUAAAGAAACAAAAAAUUAAAGAAAAUAUUAAAAAAAAAAAGAAAAUAAAUACAAGAAAUUCGGAUUUUGAGAAAACACCUUUAAUACCCCCCGCGAGACAUGCCCCAAAAGCAUUUUAGUAAUUAAUCUAAGUACACCAGAAAUUAUAUAAAUCACACACACACACACAAACACACACACACACACAGUUGUAAGUAUACUUACUGUUCGAUUUCGGUAGAAACCACAGGAAACGGAAAUAAAAUCCAACACACAUUCACAUAUAUAUGCAAAGAAGAAACAUAUAUACAUAAAUAUAUGAAAAAGAAAGAACAAAUUUCAGCGUUUCGCUUAAAUUACGAGGCAAACUUAACCCUUUAUCCAUAAAAAAUAAAAACAGAGCAGGAGAAAAGCAGCCCAAAACCAAAAACCAAACCCAACUUAAACUUAAUUAACAACUAAACACAAACCUAAACUAAUUGCAAAUUAUAAAAUAAAAAGAAAAUACUAAAUAAACGAGGGAAACCGAACAAUUUUGACAAAGGAAAUGAUAACGAUAACGAGAAUGAAACAAGAACAAGAACAACACGAAACAAAAUGCGUAAAGAAAAACAACAUUAAUUUAAAAACAAU